AUGUCGCUGAUCCAGGAUCUGCUGAAGGAGAUCCAGGACCUGAAGGAGUCCAGAGACGACCUGAAGAAAGAGGUCAAGAGCCUCCAGAACCAACUCAACCAGCUGAACAUGAGUGAGCUGGUUGACAGAAUCAACGAAGUGGAACAGUACUGCCACCGACUGGACAACCUGGACUCUGCCACCAAAGAGCUGCAGGACAGAGUUGGGCGUUACCCAGACCCAGACGAGCUCAUCCAGUGUGUAACCUGGGACAUCAUGCAGACCACCUUGGAAAUCAGGCACUCAGUCGCUGUCCCCACAUCAGUUGUCAUGACCACCAUGACUCCUUUCAGCACCUCUGCCAAUGCCAACACUGGAGCUGCUGCCUUCACUCAUGGCACUGUCACUGCCAGCCAGCAUAGGGGGGCACUGCCCCAGCAGUCCCUCUCUGAUGGAGCUGCUGCCUUCACUCCUGGCACUGUCACUGUCAGCCAGCAUGGGGGGGCACUGCCCCAGCAGUCCCUCUCUGAUGGAGCUGCUGCCUUCACUCCUGGCACUGUCACUCCAGCAUGGGGGGCACUGCCCCAGCAGUCCCUCUCUGAUGGAGCUGCUGCCUUCACUCCUGGAACUGUCACUGCCAGCCAGCAUGGGGGGGCACUGCCCCUGCAGUCCCUCUCUGAUGGAGCUGCUGCCUUCACUCCUGGAACUGUCACUGCCAGCCAGCAUGGGGGGGCACUGCCCCAGCAGUCCCUCUCUGAUGGAGCUGCUGCCUUCACUCCUGGAACUGUCACUGCCAGCCAGCAUGGGGGGGCACUGCCCCAGCAGUCCCUCUCUGAUGGAGCUCUGAUGGUGGGCAGCAAACCCCUGUCUCGUGUGGCCAGCGGGGCAGAGCGUUACCCAGAGACAGUGGAGGCCCUGAGGGACGUGGGCAGGCUCAGGGAGAGACACAACACCCUGGAGACCAGAGUAGAGCUGCUGGAAGCAGGCAAGGCCGACCAGGCCCAGCUCCAGCACCUCCGGGAGCUCCUCACUGACAUGGGUGACAGGGAUGUGCCAGACAAACUGUUGGAUGAACUGAAUCAUCUGAGAGUUCUGGUCGACAGCCUGAUGGGUGACAGAGCCAAGAGCUCUGAGCUGAUGAAUGACGUUCAGGGAGCCAUCAUGCAGCUGCAGGCUGAGUGUGAGAAGCUCCACAGCACAGCCAACCACCUGAUUGAGGAGCACAGCCAGAAACAGGUCCACAUCGACCAUCUGUACAAGUCCAUGGAAGAACUGGAUGAGAAGAAAGCUGACAAAGAGCUUGUGGAGAUGGAGAUUGAAAUCAAAGCAGACAAGCGUGCCCUGGAGACCAAGGUGAGUCGCAUGCAGUUUGACUCCAUGACAGAGGAGCUCAACACCAUGUUCCAGGAGCUGCUCAGCAAGAUCACCGGCCAGGAGCAGGACUGGCACAAAAUCAUUGACAAAAUCUCCACCGAGAUGGAGUGCAAGCUGGACCGGAUUGAGCUGGAUCCUGUGAAGAAGCAGCUAGAGGACUGCUGGAAGAGCAUCCGUAAGCAGCUGCAGGCCCAGCCUGCCCCAAAGGAGGACAACGCUGCAGGCAUCAGGAAACAGCUUGUGGCAAGGUUCCACUGCAUCUCCUGCGACCGCCCAGUCGAUAUGCUUACCCCAGGACCGCACUUGGUCACCGUGCCCUCCACUCCUGGCCUACCCUCCCACAAGUCCAACCGACCGUACACCAUCUAUGAGCUUGAGCAGGUUCGCCAGCAUUGCAGAAGCCUGAGGCCAGGGACCAACCACAGCCACUUUGAGAUGGCCAGCUCCGAAAGGGCCAUGAUGCAGGUGCAGAGGAUCCACACCAUGAUGUGUAGGCAGAUAGAGAGAGUGCAGAGCCAUCUAGUUGGCCCAGAGUGCACCUACAGCCAGGGGGCUCUGAGGGAGAUCGGGCCCUCCCGCUAUCCAGACAUCCUGAGCCCGCUGCAGAGGACCAGCCAGAGUCUGCCCAAGCACGAGCGCAUCCCAGAGAUGGCAGACUACAGUUACCUGGCCAUGUCCCGGAGCUGUGGAGGCAGCCACACCGUGACCUACCCCAACCGCCGCUACACCCGCCUGCAGCACAUCAGCCACUUCAUCCAGGCUGAGGAGGAGACACCGCCCGUCUCCAGCUCCCCACUGCGCAUUCAGCCGGAGGAGGUGGACAUCCUGGGAUUGGACGGACAUAUCUACAAGGGCCGCCUGAAAACCAGAUCGGUCAAGACUGUGGAUGCCAGACUACCCACCAUCUUUCCUAAAGACGGCAUGUGCAAGAGCAAAGACAAGAUCAUGCGCUCCCAGUUCCAGAAGCCUGGCUGCACAGAGCCGGGCUGUGUGACCCCUGUGCGACCCCAGAGUGCCAAGACCCAGCGCAGCCGCUCAGCCUCAGGCAGCUUUGUGCGGGACCGGCCCAUGUCUUCUUUAGGCUGCCUGUCCCAGGCUACCCUUCCCCAGAGCUCGUCCCAUGCUGACACCACCAGCGAGCUGCUGCAGCAAGAUCUGGAGCUUCACGUGGACCUGAGCCAGUUGGAAGAAGAGCCCAUCAUCAUCCUGUAGGGGGUGAUAGAGAGCCCCGCACACCUUAUUUUAAUAAACCGUUUACAGCAGCAGCAGGAGGGUAUCCUGGUCUCCAUUUUGUAAUGGAGCAUACAGAUGUGAAAAUCAAGUCUGAUAUUAGUCAGUUAGGUUAUUUAUGGAUUGUAAUGGAAGAACACAUUCUGGGGCAUAUGAACACUGUUUCCAUGCAACAAAAUAGCUGAGUCACAAAAUAGCUGAGUCACAUUUCCAGUGUAGCUUUAUAGGUGUUAUACCUUACGUGUGGCUACAUUACGAUUUUGGUUUAUGAUGCCUGAUUUUCAAUGACCUUCAUAGACAGGUGACCUCAAAUACCAGACUGUUUGGAUGCAGAAGAAUACCACAAUGGAGCAAUUCAUUUGACAUAUAGGGUCUUAUAGAGCGGUAUCAUUAAGGGCUUGAAAUGUCUUCCCUCUCACAGACCCAAUUUCUGUAACGUCUGAUUCAUUGUAUUAGUGUCUCAAGUUGUUCCAUCACAUGUUAAGAGGAAAGACAUUCAUGCGUGCUGUCAUUACCACAGAAAUGUACCCCUGUCGUGGACUCAUAACAAUGGUAGUCAGCCACCUGCAUCUAUUGGGGAAGCAAAGCAGCCAGGGUUGUAAAACCGGCCCAGAUGGCGUUCCCUUCAAAUGUCACCGUGCCUGUGUCCAGUUACAGCAGUCUCCUGGUGUCUGUGUGUUUUAAACAAGGGGGUUAGCUAUGUGUGUCUCACUCUGGCAUAGCAUACCAUUUCUAACCAUGGCACAGCAUUGGGUAUCAUAGCAUACCAUUUUUAACCAUGGCACAGCAUUGGGUAUCAUAGCAUACCAUUUUUAACCAUGGCACAGCAUUGGGUAUCGUAGCAUACCAUUUUUAACCAUGGCACAGCAUUGGGUAUCAUAGCAUACCAUUUUUAACCAUGGCACAGCAUUGGGUAUCAUAGCAUAUCAUUUUUAACCAUGGCACAACAUUGGGUACCACAGCAUACUUUUAGCGUAGCGCCAUGUCAGGAUUUGAAUUAAUAAACUUGAAAGGACAAACUGUACUGUCAGUGAGGAACGGGGUGACAAUUUCCUAGAAGCAGGGGCUUUGCUUACACACAUUUUGUGUCAAUGAGAAAUAUGAUGUAUAUUUAUCUCUAUCCAUGCCUUACACACUCAGUGGCCAGUUUAUUAGAUACACCCAUCUAGUACUGGGUUGGACUUCCCUUUGCCUCUAGAACAGUCUGAAUUCUUCAGGGCAUGGAAACAUUGCUCAAUUGGUAUCAAGGGAUCUAACUUUGCCAGGAACACAUUCCCCACAUCAUUACACCACUGCCACCAGCCUGUACCAUUGACAGCAGGCAGGAUGGGUCCAUGGACUUAUGCUGCUUACGCCAAAUCCUGACUCUGUCAUCAGCAUGACACAACAGGAACCGGGAUUCGUCGAACCAGGCAACGUUUUUCCACUUAUCAAUGGUCCAGUGUUGGUGAUCGCGUGACAACUGGAGCUGCUUCUUCUUGUUUUAAGCUGAUAGGAGUAGAACCUGGUGUGGUUGUCUGCUGCAAUAGCCCAUCUGUGACAAGGACCAAUGAGUUGUGCAUUCAAAGUCGCUUAGGUCAAUAGUUUUUCCCAUUCUAAUGUUCAUUCGAACAGUAAUUGAAUUACUGGAUGCCCGUCUGCCUGCUUUAUAUAGCAAGCCAUGGUCUCCUGACUCGUGAACAAGGUGGUGUACCUAAUAAACUGGGUAUAAGUGAUCCCUUUCAUAGCAUUUGGAUGUAUUAAGGAGAGUAUUUAAGACAGGCAGUUAAUCUGAAUGUAACAUUUCCAUUGGUAGAUGUAUUUUUGUUUUCAAAGAUAAAUGGGCCUUCAUGGAA